AAGUUUUAAAUGUUUUCUUCCUGACUUCUUUCUAUUUCGUAUCGCAGUUUGGACAACAGUAUAAUCUUAAUACUGUCUUUUCGCAGCGUGGUAACAAGGUGUAAAGAUGGGACGCAUGCACGCUCCUGGUAAGGGUAUAUCCCAAUCAGCUGUUCCAUAUAGACGCAGUGUCCCAACUUGGUUAAAGCUAACUCCAGAUGAUGUAAAGGAGCAAAUUUGCAAGUUAGCAAAGAAAGGAUUGACUCCUUCUCAGAUUGGUGUGAUCCUGAGAGAUUCCCAUGGAGUAGCCCAAGUAAGAUGGGUCACUGGAAACAAAAUACUGAGGAUUCUUAAAGCUAAAGGCUUAGCUCCAGAUUAUCCUGAAGACUUGUACUACCUGAUUAAAAAAGCUGUUGCUAUUCGUAAACAUUUGGAAAGGAAUAGGAAGGAUAAGGAUUCCAAAUUCAGACUGAUUUUAGUUGAAAGCAGAAUUCACAGAUUAGCUCGUUACUACAAGAGUAAAAGAAUCCUUCCACCUAACUGGAAGUAUGAAUCUUCUACUGCAUCAGCUAUGGUGGCGUAAAGAAAGACAUCUAUGAAUUAUCUUUGUACACUUCUAAAAAAAAAAGUCUAAUAAAAAUUAACAUCAAAAUG